UCUUUAUUUCUUUUAACAGAAGGACCAAGAGGGUUUGGUGCAAAGUCUCACCCAACACAAGACGGACAGUGAAGUUUGGGUACCCAGCUAUCUCACACCAUCCUGGGUCUCUUUACCUGAUGAUCGGCCUGUGUUGGCUAUCAUACAGCCGGGGGAGACCACCAUGGAGUCCCUGGAGGCACUGUGCAGGGCUCACAGACUAGAACUUUCCAAGCACUAUAUACGGCUGAAGUUCCUCAUUGACAAUCAAGUGCAAUUGUACAUCCCCAAGCCUGAGGAGGACCUCUGUGACCUGCUCUACAAGGAAAUCGAAAUUUGUGCCAAGACAACCAAAGUCAUCCAGUUUGACAGGGAUGAGUCCUGUGCCAUAGGCUACGGUUUCUCAUUGGCAGUAGUAGAGGAGGACGGAGGCCAGCAGCUUCAUAUCACUGAUGUGAAAGCUGGAGGUCUGGCAUUUGCCAAAGGUCUGCGAGCAGGCGAUGAGAUUCUGAAACUGAACAGUAAGCUGGCGAGUGUGUUGGAGCUGGCUGAUAUGCAGGCUGCGUUUUCUUUGCCCUCUCUCACCCUGACUGUCAGCACGCUGUCCUCUACCGAUCCUCACCAGCUGUGCCUGAUGCCUCCCCGCCGGUCGGAUGGGGCGCAGGACGUCUGCACCGACAUCUUCUCCCAGAGUCAGGAGGACAUCCUGGAUGAAGGUCUUGGCCUGGUGCUGCACAGCCCUGAUGUCACAGGUGAGGACAGGAUAAACCUAAUGGCUGAGAGCCCCGCUGACAGCCUGGAGGAUGAAACGGACUCAGCACACAAGAGUACAGAGCAGGUGACUGCUUUCUGCCGCAGCCUUCAUGAUAUGAAUCCCACUGAGGAACCUGUUUCCUCUUCCUCGUUUUCCUCCACAUCUUCCUCCUCUUCUUCCUGUGUGCCCAGCCCCAUGUCACCUCUGCCUGUUCCCAUCAUCCCCCGCCAGCUCUCUGAUGCUGAUAAACUCCGUAAGGUCAUCAGUGAGCUGGUGGACACUGAGAGGACCUAUGUGAAGGAUCUGAACAUUUUGAUAGAGCGCUACCUAAAUCCCCUGCAGAAGGAGAGCUUCCUUUCACAGGAAGAACUAGAUGUGCUUUUUGGAAACUUGGCGGAGAUGGUCGAGUUCCAGGUGGAGUUUCUGAAAACUCUGGAAGACGGAACCAGAUUAGUUCCAGAUUUAGACAAACUGGAGAGAGUGGAUCAAUUCAAGAAAGUUCUGUUUUCUCUUGGUGGAUCCUUCCUGUACUAUGCGGACCGUUUUAAGAUCUACAGUGCAUUUUGUGCCAGCCACACAAAGGUCCCAAAGGUCCUUACUAAAGCUAAAACAGACCCGGAGUUCAAGGCGUUUCUUGCUGAGAGGAACCCCAGGCAGCAGCACUCCUCCACGCUAGAGUCCUACCUGAUCAAGCCCAUUCAGAGAGUCUUAAAAUAUCCACUACUCCUGAGGGAGCUUCACUCUCUCACCAACCCUGACAGCGAGGAGCAUUACCACCUGGAUGUCGCGAUGAAAGCCAUGAACAAGGUGGCCAGUCACAUAAAUGAAAUGCAGAAGAUUCACGAGGAGUACGGAGCCGUGUUCGACCAACUCAUUAGUGAGCAGAGCUUGGACAAGAAAGAGGUGGCUGAUCUGUCAAUGGGCGACCUCUUGUUGCAUAACACUGUGGUCUGGAUCAAUCCAUCCUCUUCUCUCACGAAGGGGAAGAGAGACCUAGAGUUGGCUGCAUUCAUUUUCAGAACGGCAGUUGUUUUUGUGUAUAAAGACUGCUCCAAGCACAGGAAAAAAAUCGGUGGAUCUCAUAGAGCAUCGAUUCUUGAUGAGAGAGACCCUUUUCGUUUUAGACACAUGAUCUCUACAGACGCUCUCCAAGUUCGCAAUCUCCCUAAUUCAGAGGGGUCUGCAAUGUGUGAGAUAGUUCACAUGAGGUCAGAAUCUGAAGGGAGACCCGAGAGGACUUUCCACAUCUGCUGCAGCUCUCCAGAGAGUAAGAAAGACUUCCUGAAGACGAUUCAUUCUAUCCUGAGGGACAAACAACGGCGUCAGUUGAUGAAAACUGAGAGUUUACUUCCAAAUCAACAGUAUAUUCCCUUCGGAGGGAAGCGGCUUUGUGCGCUAAAGGGUUCACGACCCACAAUGAACAGAGCAGUUUCAGCCCCAUCUCGAACCCUUGGUCGCCGGAAGCUGAUCCGUAAUCGUUUCACCAUAGACACAAGUGUGGUUUUUGAUGACGGUUUGUCCCAGGACUUGUCACCCAUCACCCCGACAGAGCCCACGCUGUCUUCGCUCCAGAAUCCCCAGCAGCCCAUCCGAGACACAGAUCGCUGGCUUGAGGAUCAGUUCGACCUGCAGCACUACGAAAACCAGGAUGACUUGAAGGAGACUGACAUCCUCAGCGAUGACGAUGAGUACUGCCAAUCUGUCCGGGGCCCUUCCUCUGAUCCGAGUCUGGAGGAGUCUUUAGAGGCCCUUUCAGUGGAAGGAGACGAAGACAAGGGUCUCAAUGGACUUUCGGAGGACAAACCUCCAAAAUCCCAGGCUCCCCUGAAGCUGACUCUUCUGAGAAAGCAGUGUGCGGUGGAGGGUGUCGCUUCUGAGAGGGACUGUGAGGUCAUCUGGGUUCGCAGGGACGAUUUUAAAAACAGCUGCAACAGCGACAUCUUCUGAGCGAAGAGGGUUAUGUGCGAGCUGUGACGUUUUGUUUAAUAGACUUGUGGGAGAGAAUAAGGCGCAAACCUACUGAGUCCAAGCCUGACAUGAUGCACUGACAAUCCUUCUGAAAGCCAGAACUGAAGAACUUGCACCAUAAAAAAAAAGAAAAAAAAUUAUACUGGAAUCUUGAUGUUUCAAGCCAUUCCACCUUAAUACCAAUGCAGACUUCCUGCCAUUUAAGUCCAGACAUCACAAGGAACAUUUAAAGAUGCCAACUGUACAGCCAGUGUAUUUAUAGAGGCUUCAUACUGACAGACAGGCAGCUACAGGUUUCUUCAGUUGAUCUUGUUUUAUUUUUUGUUGUCGUUUUGUUUCAAACACAAGAUCGUGAUCGAUCUGUUCAGUUGUGCUUCAUAUACUCCUUUUUAUUCAGGGAUUUGAUGCUUUGUAUAACUUGCUAUUUCUUUGUAAUGUCUACAUGCAGGGGAUUUUUGUCAAACGCAGCAGUGUUCCCUGAAAAUAUCAUGACAGGCUAGCUGUUUAAUGGCAUUCAUGUUACAAACCCAACAGUUCCUCGCUUGCUGUUCCCUCUUGUUCAUAGGCCACCAGCAACGCAGUAUUAACAAUCACUGUUCACCGAACACGCGCUCACACCGAGAAAUUAAGUCUUAUGUGAAUAUGGUAGAGAGAACUGCAAUAAUGUAAUUUUGUUUAUUGGUUAGGAAAUCAAACUACCCAUAAUCCUCGCUCAGAUGGCUUUGGUGUGCUUGUGAAUUCAACAGCCAGGCAUUUAGGUGCAUAAAUAAGGAAGUGAAUUCAAAGCACCCCUAUAAAAUGAUGUAGCAGAUUUUUCCUGUUCAUAAUGUGUUUGUCUCGGUGAGAAUGAGAUUUUUGAAGAGCUUGGGUCUUUUAUGAUAUUUUGUACAAUGGUAAAGACGAAAACACACGUUACACCCUGCAUGUGUAUUUUAAAAUAAGAGAUGCCCUUUCACCAAAAACAAUCACUGCACCUUUAGCCAUGGAUCCCUUUUAGCGAAACUGGCUGUGUUUAAGACAAAAGUGUAAAAACUUCUUGCUUUUACCCUCUGCCUUUUUGAGACUGUGUAUGUUCAUACUGUGGAAAUAAUUAUUAGCCUAUAAUAAAUUUUCCUAAUUUAUAUUUGCAGUUUUAUCCAAAUAACUUUGUACUGUACGUGAUCUGUUCUUUGUCAACACGGCAGGCAUUUGCCGUGUUUUAAAUAAAGUUUGGUGUGAUUUUUUUUUUUUUU